AUGGCUUCAAUCACCGUGGUACAGCCACAGUUUCUAUGGGACCUAGCUCCUACUUUCCCUCAGCUAUCAUCAUGCUUCAAACACCCCACAAAUGAGCGGCAACAGCUGAGCUGGGAAAACAUCGAUCCGUAUGAGGCAUGGCCCAAAUAUGGCGACGCGACCCCCUAUGCCAUGUGCAAUACCGGCCAGUCAAACCUUGCACGCUCACAGCCUGUCCUGAAUGCCAUGUCUCUAACGGAAGCUACUUUACCUAUCCAGAAAACCACCCAGCCGAUCAAUGGCGAGCUCAAGGGAAGUGCACAAAACACGGCCGUCUCAAAGCCAGAUGCAAAGGAGGCUUCAAACACAUUCACGAAGCACGGCAGGAUAAACAAAGAUUGGAAGGCAAGACGAGACAAGAUCCUGCAGCGUAACCGCCAAGCUGCCAAACGGUGCCGUCAGCGAAAAAAGCUCGUAGUAGAAGAGAUCGAGUCCCUUGCCGAUGCGCAUGCCUGGCGGAACAACGAGCUUCGGAUGCAAAUUGAACAACUGCGUUAUGAGAUUCUGGACCUCCACAGUGAGAUACUGAAGCACGCACAGUGCGAUGAUGAGCCAAUCAAGCGAUAUCUUGCGCGGAGGGUUAGAAAAAUUUCGGGGGAACCUAUUGUCGACUCCGCUAGUUCUCAGCCGAUAGACCCGCGGCUGUCUUUACCUUCCUUCGCAUCAGGACCUGAGCAACACUCGGCAACUAAAACUACUGUAUACCCAGAUGAUGAUGCCUCACAGUAUGACUCGCAGGGCUUCGGUGGUGAAAUUCUGCCCUGUCACCAUUCAGCCUCAACUUCAGCUUCUUCGGAUGGGCAGACUGUGGACCACACUUUGUUCGAGAUGAUUAGCUACUAG